AUGGCGGCGGCGGCUCAUCUGCUGGGCGACGACGGCCGCGGCUACGAGCUGGCGCGGCGGCUGGAGGCCUGCGGCGCGUGGCGCGCGUGGCUCGGCGACGGCGCGCACGCCUCCCUCGCGCCGCACCUCGCGUCCGCCUCCACCUGGGACGCCUUCCUCUGCCCCUCCUCCUCCUCAUCCUCCUCGCCCCCGCGCCAGCUCCUCCUCCUCCAGCUCCGCGUCCGCGCGCUCCUCUUCGACAAGGCCUCCGCCGCGCUCGUCCUCCGCGCCGGCGCCUCCACCGCCGGCCCCCACUCCCUCAACGCCAGCUAUCUUCAGCUUCAUGGAGAUGAUAUUUAUUUCUCGUUGGAAGAUGAGCAGGAAGAUAACACUCAACAUCAAAUGCAAUCUGGAACUUCGUUUAGUCCAAGCAGGGAGAGUUCGAUGUUAUCUCAAAGGCAUAAGCGACAUGAUGAGUUACCUGCCACAUGGUACAAGCAAUAUGCUGAAAAGUUCAGGACAUUGCAUGGCAAGUUUCGCACAGAUGACAAAGAAAUGCCAAAGAGAACACCAGAGGGAAUGUCUGAGUAUCUUAAGGUUUGCAGUCUGCAUAAAAGGAAGAGGACUGUGUUUAUGGACAACCAGGGUCCCAACAUUAUGUUGGAAAAUGGGGAAUUCAGUAAUUUAACAGAUGAUCUUUUCAUUCCGGAAAUUCGAUUUCCAGCUGACUGUGUUCCAGAAAGUGCAAUCCCUAGAGAGAGUGGGAUAUCUAUCAGCAAUAAAAUAGAAGUUCAUGGUGUUCUUGAUAAUUUACCGGCACCUGUUAGUCGCAACACUGCAAUGCUUGAAAGGUUUGGAAUGAUGCCUGAGUACUACAAGACAGGAAACAAAUAUAGAGGGAAGGAUGUAUCUAAAGUAGAAGGAAAAUCUUUAAGUCAAGAGCAAGCUUUGCUUAUCAUACGGAAGUUGGUUGCUCGAUACUUAGCGCUUGCAGGCUUUGAAAGUGGAACUGCAGGGUCUGUUGAUGAUUUUUCAGAAAUCAUAGUUAAGCACAUCUCUAAGCUUGGGCGCAGUUUGAAACUUAUAACUGACAGCUACAGGAAACAAUUUUCAUCCAUCGAACUUCUUAAGAUGUUCCUACAGACUGUUGGCUAUAGUAACAUUGGACCCUUAAUGGAGAUUACAAAGAUGGGGAGUAGAGUGGCUAGCCACCCAGUUCAUCAAGAUGCACAAGUACAAAAUCAAAAUAAUCUCCUUCAAGCCCAACAGCUCCAGAGGCAGUACACUCCUCAAAUGACUAUCCAUAACCAGAAUCUGACUGCACAGCAGCAGCACCAGCUGCUGCAGCAGCAACAGUGGAUGAGGCGGAACCAAAUGGCGGGCCCCCGUGGCGCUCUUACGAUGUCGGACAAAGCCCAGGCCCUGGUAAACGUGAAGCUAGAGAACACCAUGGAUUCACAAAUAGAUAGCCCGUACGGAUCUCUCACCAGACAACAACAACAGAUGCAGCAGCUGAGGCACCAGCAGCUACUGCAGCAGCAGCAACAGAAGCAGAUCCAGCAGCAGCAGGUAUUGCAGCUGCACCAGCAGCAACAGCAGCAGCAGCCGCAGCAGCAGCAACAGCUCCAGCCACAGCAGCAACAACACCUCCAGCAGCACCAACACCUCCAGCAGCAGCACCACCACCAGCAACAGCAGCUUCAGCAGCAGCACCACCACCAGCAACAGCAGCUUCAGCAGCAGCUGGGCAUGUCCGGAAACCAGAGCGCCCAAGCCCAGCUAGCGCAGCAGCAGCUGGGCAUGUCUGGAAACCAGAGCGCGCAAGCCCAGCUAGCGCAGCAGCAGCUGGGCAUGUCUGGAAACCAGAGCGCCCAAGCCCAGCUAGCGCAGCAGUUCAAACAAGUGCCGCAGUCGAUGAACUCGUACGGCAUGCGGGUGCCGCCUGUGAAGGUGGAGGCGUUCCACGAACUGGUGAGCGGGGACUCGUCCAGCGACACCAGCAAACUCACAUCUCCCAAGUAG